CUGAAACUGCUCGCGACGUUGAGCUGGUCAAAACUAGGAACAUAUGGCCCGCCCCAAGGCCGAAUACGUGCACAAAGAAGUAUCGUGCGACCAAGUGCUCAACGAAGUGCUGAGUGCGAACGAAGAGCCCGACGAUUCCGAGCUCACGUUGCUCACGGUGGCGCGGCGGGCGAAGGAGCGCUUGUACGUGCAGCAGCAGUUCCAGAAAUGCCAAGAGCAAGUGAGCAUGGACCCAAACUUGCUCUUUUUCAAUGAGCCAUAUGAAAGCCAAUACAUGGCGUUCAUGAACGCCGUGAAUCAAUUCCGCGUGCGGUUGUGCUUUUCCAUCGGCGCCGCGUCCUGUGGUCUGCUCUAUUGGCAGGAAGCGUUUGUUUUAAACGCGUUCGAAACGCCUGACCCCCGCGGUACCGCCGCGUUGUACGGGCUGAGCUUUGGGCUCAUCGUACCCACGUUUACCUUUGGCGUGCUCAUGACAUUUGUGCCGUGGGGCCGCACUCGCCUCGAAAGCAUUGCGUCGUGCGUGUACGUGCUCGUGUCGAUGGCGUUCAUAGCGAAAAAGUGCGUCCAACAGGCCAAGGGGCCCAUCUACCCCCUCGUGAUCUUGCUCAUUCCGCUCUUCAACGUCACGCGCAUGCGGUUCGCGUACUCGGCCGUCGUGGGGGUGCUCAUCGUCGUCGUGUUCUUCGUCGUGCAGCUCGCCGCCGGGCCCGAUGCCACGUCGUCGAUUGUGUUUACGACCCUCAAUUACUCGAUGAGUGUCAUUGGGGGCUUGGUGUCGAGCUACCAAAAGGAACUGCUUAAACGUCGCAACUUUACACUCGGGCUUAACUUUUCAGGCACGGAUGACGACGCGUCGUCACGCAUCCACAAUCCAUAUUAUGCCAAAGAAGUCGUGUGCUAUCGAUGGACGCAGGCCUUCCGCCACGCCGACUUGGAGCGGCGAUUCUAUCGGUAUUGGUACCUCCUGGACGGCAACCCGUAUGAAAACCCGAACGCCGGCAUCCUCCACGCCGACAUAUAUUUGAGUUGGCGCUUUGCUGUGGCUGGCAUGUGCUUGAACCAGGUGGUACUUGUGCUCCAAGACGUAAUCAACCUGUACAAGACCCCGACGCAUUUCGUCGCGCUGGGGUUUCGCGUCGGAUGCAUCGUCCCCGCCUACAUGAUCCUCUUUGGCUGCAUGUACUACUUUUGCCGAGCGUACGCCAAGGGGUGGAUGGUGUCGCGGGUGGUCGCAUCGUCCUCCAAGCGCCAGAUGUCGUCCGUCCAGCCCGACAGCAACGACAGGACCACCACCACUCACAUUGUCGUGCGUUCCAAAACCAUGCUUCACCGGCAUGCAAGCCAGGCGGUGACCAGAGUCCGCGACGACCUCGUGGGGGUGCACCACGGUUACACGCACACGAUGCAGGCCAUCACGGCCGUGGUGAUCCUGUUUCACGUGUACUUGACAGGGACGUUGGUGUACGUGAUCGCAGUCAACAUUGGCGUCAUGAGCGUCUACUUUAUGGGUUUUCUCAACGCAACACUGGUGGCCCAUCGGUCCAGUUUUCGCCUGCGGUUCAUGUACUCGUCCAUGUUGACGAUGGUCGCGUGCUUGGCGUUCCUGUUUGGCACGCGCAACGUGCUGUCGAGGCAAACUCAUUUGGAGUACAUGUGUUACCUCGGGGUGGUGCAAAUCCUCGGCAUGAUCGUGUCGUACGAGGAAGAGAAUCUACGGCGGUCGUUCUUCAUCAAAAAGUCACUGCGGGCGCUGGAAUUCAAAGCGUGGCUGGCGUCGUUGACGCGCGUGCAGUCGUGGGUUCGCGCGCGUAUGGUGCGGAAAGCAAACGACGCGCGCCACCGCCUCAAACCACCUCCCCUUGUCCCUCCUGCUUCCAUCAUUGUCGCCAACGGCCAUGACGUGGCAAGACGCACAGGGUCCACUCGGGUGACUCCCCUAGCCAAGUUUUCGCUCACCGUGCCCCUCGCCGAUAUUGACAUUAACAAAAACCUAAGGGACCUCCAAGGCAAACUCGCAGAUAUUGACAUCAACAAGAACCUGAGGGACCUUCAAGGGAAGCUGGCAGAUGUGGACAUCAACAAGAACCUAAGAGACCUUCAAGGGAAGCUGGCAGAUGUGGACCUGAACAAAAACCUGAGGGACCUCCAAGGCCGUCUGAACAAGAACAACGAAGUCGUGACCAGCGCGUCGUCGCGCAUGUCCAAAGCCGGGCGGUUCGGCUUGUACUCGACGUGUGUGAGUGUACUCAUUGCGUUUGGCCAAGUCAUGUUCUUCCUCGCCAAGCAAAAGUAACACAUACACCUGAACGCCGGGGCUGUGACGUGGCAGCACCACCGUGGCCUUCGCCCCCUACUUUAGACACUCAAUCCAACGAGAAAGCACACACACCGAUGUUAUUACCAUGAAG